AUGUCCGCGUUUGCUGCUAUACUCUCAGAUCCUACGUAUCAUGACUAUCUGGCCAUUCUCAAAGGGGCUAGAAAUGGACUAGUCUAUGGGGUCAAAGUGCGAUUCCCUCAUGCCCUUAUUAUGGCUAUCCUCUUCGGACGCGGGGACUGGAAUACUCGUAUUCGGACCAUCUUCCGAGCGACUAAACAACACGCGCUUAACCUAGCAAAAUUCGUCUCGCUGUACAAGACACUUCUGCUCGUGCAGAAGAAGGUGAAUGGGGGUGUCCAGCGCAGCGCAGACACCUUUGUCGCUGGACUUAUCAGCGGUUUUUUUGUAUUCGGUGACCGCAAUGCCGUCAACGAGCAGAUUGUUCUGUACGUCUGCUCACGAGUCGUGGCCUCCUUCAUUCCUCGCGCCGGAACCCCGUACGCCAUGAGUUCCACCGCUUCAUCCGCUGUAAAGCCUAUCCCCCCCGACGCGCGCAAGUUCUCUGUCUUUGCCGCUCUGUGCUGGGGUGCCGUUAUGUGGCUCUUCAAUGAGCGCGGCGAGACCAUCCAACCAGGGAUGUUCAAUUCCAUGGUGUACUUGUACCGGGAUUCCGAGCACUGGAACAGUCUGCGGACGCUGUUGUGGCACAACAAGUAG